AUGGAUAUCGCAUUUCACUAUGCGAAAAAGCGCUGCAACUAUGGGCGACAGCCAAUGUUUUGCGAACAAGGACCGGUUCUGUGCGAUAAUAUAGCGGCAAAUAUUGCUGAGCGUCGCCAGUACAUCCUGCGUAACCCUGUCCACCAGCCAACGCAACACACACCUAUAUGGGCUGAACACCAUGUCAAUACUAUACGGGCAGAGUUCACUACAACAGGCGCGAACCACUCUGAAGGAGGAUGGCCCAAGGAUGUCAAUGUGACAGACCCUGAAGCAACUCAACGUUACAAACGUAAAGUCGAGAAAGAUGAUAAUUACGUGCACUGUGUCAUGGCUUUGGCGCCGGGUAUGGAUCACUACGUACAGCAGAACAACGCCAUCGACAUGUACAGGACGUACUACGCUGAGAUGCGUCCUAUGCCGGCUUUGGAACGGAACAGCUGCCGCAUAGUCAACCAGUACAGAGACGGCGGGGGUAUUGGACCCAAACGCCCCAUCAGCUCGAUUUGCUGGCAGCCCGAGGGUGGACAAAGAUUCGCCGUCACUUAUUUAAACUUGGACUUGAACCGGAACCCAAAAGACCAUAUAAAAUCUUACAUUUGGGAUGUUGACAAUGCUAAUCAUCCAGAGUUGACAAUUACACCUCCCUGUGCUCUGUUAGAUCUGCAGUAUAAUCAGCGUGAGCCUCAUAUCAUGGCCGGGGGCCUCCUCAGUGGACAAGUGGGAGUGUGGGAUGCAAGAAUUGCUGGGAAUCCCCUACUCCUAUCACCACCGCACAUUGCACAUCGAGAUUUCGUCCGAAAUGUUCUCUUCAUUAAUGCUAAAUCAGGUCAGGAGUUUUUCUCAGCCGGACCUGAUGGGGCAGUCAAGUGGUGGGAUAUCCGUAACAUGAGCGAGACCACUGAUGAGAUGAUAAUGGAAGUGGUCAAAUAUUCCUUCGAAACUCAGACUAUGGCCAAAGCGAAUGGGAUAAGUGUGUUAGAAUUCGAACCAACUAUACCGAGUCGUUUCAUGGCGGGCACUGAAAAUGGCUUAGUCAUAACGGGCAACAGGAAAGGCAAGACUCCGACAGAAAAACUGCCAGCAUUGUUCUCAGCGCAUUUAGGUCCAGUUUGGUCUCUAGAACGAAAUCCAGGCUUCCUGAAGAACUUCUUAACUGUAGGCGAUUGGACGGCCAGAGUUUGGAGUGACGAUUGCCGUGAAUCUUCUAUAGUAAUGUCUCCACCUCAACGUCACAAAAUCACUGCUGCCACUUGGAGUCCCACCAGGCUGUCUCUCAUGCUGCUGACGCAAUGGAACGGAAAACUAGCUGCGUGGGACCUGUUGCGGCGUCAACACGAACCCGUCCUCACCAUGCAUAUCUGCAAUGAGCCUCUGCUGAGAAUAAAGGCUCACGAAGGAGGCAGUCUAGUGGCAUGCGGCAACACCAAGGGCAGUAUAUUUAUGGUGGAGCUAUCAUCAGCCUUGACCCAGUCCAGUAGAAAUGAUAAGACACUCCUCACAGCAAUGUUCGAUCGUGAAGGCAAAAGGGAACGUAUAUUGGAAAGUCGCAUGCGUGAGAUUCGCCUGAAGUUAAAACAAGGUGGGGAGAAGUCACCGCGAGGGUCCCUCCGUGACGAGGGUCCGUUUGACGUUGGUGCGGUGACAGCCACCUACAAUGCCACAGUCAAGAAAGAAUUAGCGGCGAUGUAA